GAACAAAAGCAUCUCCCAGCCAUCCUGUAAUCUAGAAGCUUUCCUCUCUCCUCUGGAAAAUGAUUCGGCUAUUCAGUGCCGUGAAGCAGACUUUGUACAUGAAAUCAGUGCUUCAGAAGCCCACGAAGGUCUUCAUUCCAUCAUCUCUCCUUCCCACAGCCCACCAGAGAUUUUCUACAGCCUCUGCCGUUCCCCUGGCAAAAACAGACACUUGGCCAAAAGAUGUGGGUAUCCUUGCCCUGGAGGUCUAUUUCCCUGCCCAGUACGUGGAUCAAACUGAACUGGAGAAGUAUGACAGUGUGGAAGCUGGCAAAUAUACAGUGGGCUUAGGCCAGACCCAAAUGGGUUUCUGCUCUGCUCAAGAGGACAUUAACUCCCUGUGUUUGACAGUGGUGCAACGACUGAUGGAACGUACCAAACUCCCUUGGGACAACGUGGGGCGGCUGGAGGUGGGCACAGAAACAAUCAUUGAUAAGUCCAAGGCCGUCAAGACAGUGCUGAUGGAACUCUUCCAAGAAUCGGGAAACACAGACAUAGAGGGCAUUGAUACCACAAAUGCCUGCUAUGGAGGCACAGCAUCCCUCUUCAAUGCUGCCAACUGGGUGGAGUCUAGCUCCUGGGACGGCCGUUAUGCUAUGGUGGUAUGUGGUGACAUUGCCGUCUAUGCCACUGGAAAUGCUCGAUCUACUGGUGGGGCAGGGGCUGUGGCCAUGCUGGUUGGACCCAAUUCCCCCCUGGUACUAGAACGAGGACUUAGAGGAACCCAUAUGGAGAAUGUGUAUGACUUCUACAAACCUGAUCUGGCCUCAGAAUACCCCGUGGUGGAUGGGAAGCUCUCAAUUCAGUGCUACCUUCGAGCCUUAGAUCGUUGCUAUGCAUUUUAUCGAAAGAAAAUCCAGAAUCAAUGGAAGCAAGCUGGCAUUGAGAGACAAUUCACUCUGGAUGAUUUCCAAUUCAUGAUUUUCCACACACCCUUCUGCAAGUUAGUUCAGAAAUCAGUGGCACGUCUGGUUUUCAAUGACUUCCUUUCAGCCAAGACUGAUGAACAGAAUAACCGCUACAAGGGUCUAGAGGCUUUCAGAGAUUUGAAGCUGGAAGACACCUACUUCAACAAGGAGGUAGAGAAAGCUUUUCAAAAAGCCUCUUUAGAUGUAUUCAACCAGAAAACCAAAUCCUCACUCAACCUCUCCACCCUAAAUGGGAACAUGUAUACCUCUUCCCUCUAUGGGUGCCUGGCCUCCCUCCUCUCCCAACAUACUCCCCAGCAGUUGGCUGGAGCUAGGAUUGGUGCCUUUUCUUAUGGCUCUGGCUUGGCUGCAAGCUUAUUUUCAAUUCGAGUUUCCCAGGAUGCUUCUCCAGGUUCCCCCCUGGAUAAAUUAGUGUCUAGUGUAUCAGACUUGCCAAAACGCCUAGCCUCCCGUAAGCGCAUGUCCCCUGAGGAAUUCUCUGAAGUUAUGUCCCAGAGAGAGAAAUAUUCCCAUGAAGUGAAUUUCUCUCCUCCUGGUGACACAAACAGCCUCUUCCCAGGCACAUGGUACCUGGAGCGAGUAGAUGAAUUGUACCGCCGAAAGUAUGCACGGCGGCCACUCUAAGAAGGAACAGAUGAUCCAGGCUGCCUGUGGUGAGUCAUCAGGCCCAUCCAGGCAUUGGAUAAAGUGGGCUCCAGGAAACACUGGCCAUGAGCAAUGCAGAAAGUCCAUAUUUCAGCUCCCAGCAGCAAAUCAAAUACCUGCCCUCAACUGUCAAAGUGCCAAAUGGCCAACAUGAGCACAUGGCAUAGAGGCUUUCCUAGCAAUGCAGCCCAGCAAUGAACUGCUUGAAGAGCUUUUCCUUAGUCCUUUCUCUUUGAAGAUCACCAGCACCCCUCCCAAUACCUCUUGGUAUACAAAACCACAUUUAUGGAGUCAAGUACAAAAGACCCCAUUGGAGAAGAAGAUAGAAGACUCAAAGUGAAAUCUACCAUUUACCCCUAGGAGAAUAACAUGGGUGAAUUUGUGCUGUAUUCAGUUUGAUACAACAAGCAUUAUUAAAUGCCUACCUACUAUGUGCCAAGUAUCAGGCUAGGAAUAGAAAGACUUUAAAAUUAAAAUAUUCCUAACUGUCUGAGAGAGAGAGAGAGAGAGAGAGAGAGAGAGAGAGAGAGAGAGAGAGAGAGAGAGAGAGAGAAGGGAGAUAUGUACAAAUAAAUAGACUACCAGGUAGAAUAAGGCAAAGUAGGAGUCUAAGCAAAAAUAAUAACUCAUUUAUAUAGUACUUUAAGAUUCACAGAAUACCUUCCUAAUGAUAAUUAUGUAAAGUAGUAACCAAUAGAAAAAAAAUGGGGAGGAAUAUAAUGGUAGAGAAUAGGGAACAGGACCAAGGAAUGAUUCAAAGAAUCAGAGAAUCUCAGAAUCAAAAGGAACCUCAGCUGGCAUCUUGUCAAACCCUAGUACACAAAAGAAUCCCCACUACAUCACAGCUGACAAACGGUCAUCUACAUCCGAGGCUCCCAAAUUAUGUACCAUGGCAUCCCAGAAUACCAAAGUGAACUCAGAGGAGCACUGGGGGAUAGUUACAUUUUUGUUAUAUUUUUUGACAUAACUACUUAUUAUGUGAAAGUGUUAAGUAUUUUUUUUUACCUAGGGGUACCAUGAAAACAAUUACUGAGACAUUAAGGGUACCUUAAGCAAAGAAAGUUUGGGAAUCCCUAAUCUACAUGAAGACUUCCAUAGAGAGACUCUACCACCUCCCCAACAAGCCCACUCCAUUUUGAGUUACUUCUAAUUGGUAGGAGGUACUGACUGAUAUCAUGCUUCAAUAUGCUUCUUUGUAAUUUCCACCAUCGCUCUUGGUUCUUUACGCAGGGUCCAAACCAAAAGAAAUUAAUCCUUCCUCCAUUUGUCAUUCCUUAAAAUCCUUGAAGGCAUCUAUUAUAUGGAGGAGAGACACUGAGAAAAUAAUUUUAACAAGUGAAAAUGUGGAGUCAGGGAAUUCCAGGCAUAGAAGAUCAUAUGUUUGAAGACAGAGACCCCGGAGGAUCCAGAGCAAGAUCGAGGACUAACUAAUAGAUCCAGGGACUUAUGAUACAAAUGUCUCACAUGCCUGAAAUUCCACCAUUAGAAUUUUUUUUAGGUAAAAUGGUUACUUUUCCAAGUGUCUUCUUGAAAUACCAACAUCCCUAAGUUAUUGAAGUAGGAUCAUUCUGCUGAUGUCAGUCAUUCACUAUGGCCAUAAUUAGUUUAGCAGAUCCAUUUAUUGGAGGAAAGGUACUAGGAUGCAGGGCCAUAAAGAGAUUGGAGUUUUAUUGAAGAAAAAGAUGGUUUCCAGAUAUAAGGCAUUCAGAUGAAAAGGAGGAGAUAUAGCCAAUCAUCAUAAUGAGAUCUAUGCCAGCAGAAAGAAGAGAGAUAUUGCCUAUUUCACAGUUUUACUAGAACUGACCCUAUUCUUAAGGUUCAACAAACACUAGCAAGUUAUGUGUCAUAGAACCAACAAGGUAAAUGCAAACGUUACUAUUGUCUCUAACCUGAGGUCAAUUGACCUUUAUUCUAGUAGGGAUGUGCAAGGAAGGUUCUUAUUUCUAAGGAAGCUAUCCUUAUUUUGCUUGCAUAACUUUAUUACUCAGCUACCUAUCAGCUUCCUUUCAGUGGUGCCUCAAUGUCAACCCCUUCCUGCCCAUCCUUCUCUGAGCAGACUCUUCCAGGUCCCUCAGGUUUGCCCUAGAGAGGCAGGAUGGGCACCUAGGUAGCACAGAGGGAAGAGCACCAAGAAGACCUGAGUUCAAAUCCAGCCUCAAACAUUUACUAGCUGUGUGACACUGGGCAAGUCACAUAACCCUGUUUACCUCAGUUUCCUCAUUUAUAAAAUGAACUGAAGAAGGAAAUGGCAAACUAUUCCAAUUCUUUGCCAAGAAAACACCAAAUGGGGCAGUUAGAUAGCUCAGUGGAUUGAGAGCCAGGUCUAGAGAUAUGGAAGGUCCUAGCUUCAAAAGUGGCCUCAGACACUUCCUAGCUGUGUGACCCUGGGGAAAAAACCCCCAUUGCAUAGCCCUUACUGCUCUUCUGCCUUGGAACCAAUACCCAAUAUCAGUUCUAAGACAAAAGGUAAGGGUUUUGAUUUUUUUUAACACACACACACACACACACACACACACACACACACACACACCCCAAAUGGGGCCACAAAGAGUCAGAUAUGACUGAAAACAACUAAACAAGUGAGGAAUCACAUCUACUCCAGUAGCUCUGUCCAUUUUUCCUUCUCUGCCUUCCAUCCUUUUUUCUACCCUUCACUCAGUUCUCCCCUCUGUGCUUCAUGCCAUUCAUCCAUCUCUUCCUCUUUCCUUCCCUUUUCACCUUCAUCUGUUCCUCUUUUUCUCCCCUACUUCAAUCCCAUUGUUUCCUUCCUCUUUAUCAUAUGAAAACUAUUGAUUAGAAGAUAAAAGAUUUGCAUAAAUUCAAAGAAUUCAGAUUUGGAAAUUAUCUGAGUUCAAUCCUUUCCUUCUAAAAUUCCUGAAGACCUCCAGAUGAAAAGUCUUUGGGCUGGGAUGGCCAGAUUGAGAAGGGUAUUUUGACAACAGAAUUUCUAAGAACAAGAUAGCACGGAUCUUUACAAAAAUCAACUAUCCAAUUUCUCACACACUGUUGGCUCCUUCCUUCACUGCUCCCUACCUUGUGCAGGUGAGCAGUGGAUCUGGGUACUUUAGGACCAGUCCACCCAUCACCACCAGGACAACCCUUAUGGCUUCUUUUUUUCCCAUGUUUAGAGUGCUUAUAGAUUACAAAGCACUCUCCCAUCCAUGAACUCAUUUGGUUCUUAGAACAACUUUGUCUAGAGACCAUGCUGGGAUUAUUUCCACUUUUAUUCAUGAGAAAACUAUAGUUUUGAGAGAAGAAAGGGCUUGCCAAAGGUCAUAUAAUAAGUCACAGGCAAAUGCAUGCAAGUAUUCUGAUUCCAAGCUCAGACAUCUUUUGUCAUUUGCUGGUGCAUGCAGGAGAUGGUACAACAGUUUCCAUAGUUUUUCCUUUUCCCUGAAAGAAGAAAGACUUUGAAGAAUCCAAGUAUCAUACUGGGCCAAUAGUUUCAUGUGACCCCUGAAAAAAAGAUAUUCAGGAAGAUCUAUCCCAUGCUGAAUCUCAACCUGUGUCUCAGGGUCUUGGGGCCAUACUUGAUAAUACUGGUCUUUUCUCUUUACCUCCCUUUUCUUAUUUCUUUUCUUUUGUUUUUCCUUUGUUCUUUCUUAUCUAUGCUUUAGAUCUGUCUUUGGCACUAUGGGGCAUUGCUUUGUCCCACUGACUGCAACAAGGGAUAAAGAAGUCAAGCUGAGAGGGGCAAGUAGGUCACUCAGUGAAUUGAGAGUCAGGCCUGGAACUCUGAAGUCCUGGGUUCAAAUGUGGCCUCAGACACUUCCUAGCUUGUGACCCAGAGCAAGUCACUUAACCCCAAUUGCCUAACCCUUACUGUUCUUCUACCUUAGAACCAAUACGUAAUAUUGAUUCUAAGAGGGAAGGGAAGGAUUAAAAAAAAAAGUAAGACAGUGGUCCUGAAUGAUUCAUAGAUUAGUUCAAUUGAGUUCAAAUAUUUUCUGAGAUGGGCUCAUGAUGUAGCCAUGCAUGGCUCAAAUAAAUAGUAUGAUUUCAUAAAUUAAGGUAAUCAAAAAAACCCUUCUCAGAUCUCCCAUUGGCUGGAAUUAAUCCUUUGUCACUUCCUAAGUUAUUUUUACUAUUUCCAUUCUACCAUGGUCUCUAUGAAUAUACCCAAUGUGAAUACAGUGAACAAUAGCAUGAUUUCAUAUAUCAAGAGAACAAAAAAAAUCAUUCUCAAAUCUCUCA